AUGCAUUCCUACGGUUCAAAAGGCGAUCCUUUUAUAAACUCUCACUUCUCAACUUCCUCGUCAUCCCGCAAUUCCCCUUCGCGACAAUCCAUAUCCAACCGACGUUCUACCGCCUCCUUACGCCCACCAUCCGCGAUCCCCAAUGUAGUCGACGACGAACCACCCAAUGGUCGCCACCACUCAUUAGCACACGAACUCGCAGUAGCUCUCAUGCCAGAGCCAUCCUCAGGCUCAAAGCUUCUCGCCGAUGAGUUUGGAAUAGAAUUUGACGAAGGCGCAGAGGGUAUAGACGACCCAGUUGAUCACCGCGAGCUGGAACCCGGUGUACAUUUCGUUGUCGACGACGACGCCGAUGUUCCGUCACUUGCAGACGGACUCGCAUCGCACUCUGGCGCGACAUCCUUCCGUGAGGCAUCUCCAGAGGCAUCUGACUCAUACCCGGACUACGACCCCGUUUUUGAAAGCCCAACAUUCGUGCGCACGCGUCCUAAGCAACAAAAACCCGAGCAGGACGCGAUGCAAGUGUUGUCCCAAAACCUCGAGUCCACUGACAAAUUCCUCAACCAUCUUCGAAAGCUCGAUACCGAUGGUACCUCGCAACAGCCCGCCCUUGAACGCAUCGCAUCGGACGUUAUUCGCCGCAUGAAUGAAUCCGUGAGAGAUCGGGAAAGCCAAUUACGCGAGUUGUUGGAGUACGAGCGCGAGUUUAGGAAGAUUGCGGGUGAGGUGGGGGGCAGUGAUGUGCUGGGGCGACUGGACGAGCUGCCGGACGUGGACGACUUCUCAGAGUCACAUUCGACGCAGGAAGUGCAACGCGGCGACGCGAGGCACCUUGAUCCUGUCGAAGAGGAACAACCCAUUUCGCCACACAACCUCUCACACUCCCAUGAUUGGGAAUUGGACCCAGACAGACGUUUAGGUGAUGAGGAUGACGACGAUGAGCCAGUCAGAUCCCCCAUAAAGGACGCCUUCCCUGCGCCUCCACCUAUCAAUGGGCCACCGACACCUGCAAAGACAAUACCACAACUCGCACACCUUCGAUCAUUCACUACAUCACUUGUCACAUCACUAUCUACAAUAUCAGAACAGGCACAAGUUAACGGUGCCGCUACAACGGACGCUGGAAGGAAGAUCCGAUCGCUAAAGAACAAGAUUGGAGGAUGGAGGAUGGACUGGGACAACGCUGAGCGUAGUCGCAUACGAAUUGAUAGAUGGGAAGCAGGGAUUAUAGACGGCGAUGAGAACGACGCUAUUUCCACUCCGACCAAGAUGGCCGGAAUGAAGAGAAUCGACGGAAGGAAAAUCGUGCAGGAACACUUGCUUGCUUUCGAGCUUGCGCUAGCCGACGCCGCUCUCAAAACCCAGGCUAUAAUGGCUCGGUAG